AUGGCGACCAGUAAUGGCAGUAUUGGCGUCGGCAAGCACCAAGAACACGACGAAACAACCCGGAUGUCUGUCCCUAAUACCACAGCGUCCAUGUUGGCUAAUCAACUGGAUAUGGGAGAGGUCAGGCCUAAUCGGGUAAAUACGUGUCGCUUUUGCACAAUUAGAUCUGUACAAACAACACAAGCGUUCUACUUAACAGAUAUCACCGAACAGACGCAUAGAGAAUGUGGCACACCGCGGGAGCUCGCAGCCAUCAGCGAAGAUUCCUUAAUUGUGAAAAAGCCAACGGUGACAUCACCUCUGUCCGUUAGUGAAUCGAUUGUUACGUCACACGCCUCGAACAUUCAUAUGUCCAGUGGACUUCACGCUGUCCAUCGCCAUCCUUCACAUCAUCCGUUGCAUCAUCAAGCCGACCACGCCCUAUCAUGUUAUCCUCGUCACCCCGCGGACAUACUCAGCUACUGUUGUCCACUCUGUGUCCACACCCCUACGUCCCUGAUAGCUGAGGGAAGUUCUGCAGCCCUCCCUCUCACUAAACAUGACAUUAUUACAAGUCCUAGUGGUCACAACUUGCACCAAGGAGGCUACAGUGUUUCACGAUAUCACCAUCCGCCUUUCCAGGUAAAACAGCAUCAGCAGCCGACCUCUCCUAUUCGGAGCCCCGUUCUACCACAGACAGAAAACCUUAAGAGGAAUCGAUUACCUAGUAUCGGCGUAACCAGUUCCACAGAGGACCUCAGCAACAGUAGCAAAAGAAUCCGGACAGCUUUCACCAGUACUCAACUUCUAGAACUGGAAAGAGAAUUCUCCACAAGCAUGUACCUGUCCCGACUUAGACGCAUUGAGAUUGCCACAUACCUCAAUCUAUCGGAGAAACAGGUGAAAAUUUGGUUUCAAAACCGCCGUGUAAAAUACAAAAAGGAGGGCGUACCAGAUGCACGCGAAUCUUGUCGAUGUUUGCGCACAUGUACACAAAGAAACGAUAGGCGGCGACCAUCCGACAAAUACGAUUGUACCCAGGAUUCGGAAUUUAUUAACAGUCCUGAAGAUUGUAAGAAAUUAGACACGCCAUUGAUAACAGACCAAAGUGAUGAAGACUAUGAAAUUGAAUGAUCCGACAUUCCGCUAGACAAUGUUCAAGGGGAAUGCCCAACGACAAAAAAAGUGCAAUUCUUUUCUUCGUGCAAUAUUAUCUCUGUGAACUCUAUUUAAAAGUGCCUUUGAUUGACUUAAAUUGACUUUUUAUUAUAUCUAUUUAUUGAUUUAUUUUUGA